AUGAAAUCUUUAGCAGUUUUAAUUCUACUGGCUGGUACUAUCACAAAUGUUCUAAGUGAUGAUCAACUAGGAUUUGUAUUUGAAUUAGUCAGACAUGGAGCUAGAGCUCCACUGAGAAGCUCUGAUCCUUGGAUUUUCUAAGUGCCAGUAGGUUACUUGACUCACUCGGGAAUGAGAUAAAAGCUUCUGCUUGGAAAGUAUAACAGAUUGCGCUACAUUGACUAGCUCCAGUUUAUUGAUGAGACUUAUAAUCCUAAUUAAAUAUUUGUGGAGAGUACCGAUGUUCACAGAACACUCUAGAGUGCUUACUCUGAGCUUAUGGGUUUAUAUCCUCAAGUUUAGUCAACAAUAACUCAAGGUGAGAGAGAAAGUUUGAGUUCAGGCAAAGGAAUGCCAAAAAUUAAGAUAAGAAAUCCGAAAGAUCUGAAUAAAGCUCUCUAUAAUAAAGAGGAUCUUGGAUCAACCAUUGAUGGAUAUACUCUAAUACCAGUUUAUAACUAUAUAAACACAAAUAAUGAUGAUUUCGAAUCCUGCCCUAAAGCAGAUGAUGAAAGCAGCUAUAAUUACAACAAAAACGCUGAGAAAAUUUUUGCAGACGUGUCAUCUUAUAUAGUACCUUCAAUCAGAAAAGCACUUGGGAAGUCUUAAAACAUGACUGAUGAUGAAAUUAGUAAACUUGACUUUAAAGGAUGCUAUCGAAUUUAGGACAAGAUUAAAGGCUAUACCUUCGAGGGUUACCCACAUUCAUAUUUCCUUAGUACAGAAUAAUGCUCGCUUUCUCGCAACACUUAGAAAUGGGUACUCACACUACCCUUAGGAGAUGAUGGUAGACAAUUGAGUAUGACUAAGUUAAUGCUUAAGCCUUUGAAGUAUAUGCAAGAUAGAGUUGAUAGUUUAAUUAAGAAUAGUGGAGAUACCAAGGAUAAUAAAAAUGACCUAAAGUAUGUGAUUAAUUCAGCUCAUGACGACUAAAUUUCAAAUAUGCUACUGUGGCUAAAUCCACAUAAUUAUGAUUUCAUUGAUGUGCCCUACUCCUCCAACAUUUACUUCGAACUCUUUUAUGAUAGUGAUUGUAUUACUUCGAAAAAAGAUGAAACUUGCUUUAGUGUGCAUGUUCUUCAUGAGGGAAAGCCUUUGUCAUUUGAUACCUGUUUGGAUGGAAAUAAUUAACGAGGAUCUAAAUCUUUAACUUGCAGUUAUUCUGAUUUUAAAGCACAUAUUGAAAAAAUAAAAUUCUAAGGUGAUAUUUUGUAAAAAUGUCAAGAGUAAUAUAUCCCACCAACAGCAGCUUGA